AGGCAGGGAGAAAUAAAAUGACAGGCAUGUCACUGCUCCAAUGGAAACAAAGAGCAUUCUAUUGCGGCCAUCUCACAGCAGCAUAGCCAGCCCUCUGCUUCAGGUCUGGGAAAAUAUGCAAACUCAGGAAACAAAAGAGUUUAUCUGCAUCAGGCUGUCAGCUAACCAGUUACUUCAUUUCCAGCAAUCUCUUCCGGGUUGACAGGCAGCACAGAGAGAGCAGCCACUGCAGAGAUCCUAACACUGGCCAAAGCACAGAGAUUAGACCUGCUUGCGGUGUCUUCCAGUGCAGUUUCUACCAAGAAUCAAAGGUCUUGGCUGCAGUGUCUGUAUGGCACAGAAGGGGUGGCAACGGAGCUGUAAUUGCAAGUAACUGCCAUGUUACGCUCCUAUGGAUGAGCUGGAACCUGAUCAGAUGCUACAAAUAUAUUCGGAAAGAAUACCAACCUAGUGCGUGUUAAGGGGCACAGCAAGACUGGGGGGAAAGCCACUUGUGAUAUCAGGAGUCUAUUCCUAAUCCACUGCCAUCUCACCAUGUCUUUCAAAAUACACCCUUUCCCAACGAAUCGCAACGUUAAGGAGCAAGUUGAGCUCUGCAUGCCACGCAGCCUUAGUUAUAUUAACAAUCUGUACCAGAACACACAACUGGUAGAAGGCUUUGGUGAGCGAAGAACCCACAAUACAUUUGCAAAAGAUCAUCUUCCCAGAACCCAAAGCACAGCAAAUACCAGCUGUGACCCUCAACUAAGGCCCAUCAUGCGCAGGAGAACCAAAUCUCUGCCCAGCUCUCCUGAAAGGAAGAUUGCCACCAAGUGUUAUCCAAGAUGCCACCGAGUGAGGUUUGCGGAUUCCCUUGGCCUAGAGCUGGCAGAGGUUAAAAUUUUUAAUGCUGCGGAUUACCCAUCCAUCCCUCUGCAUGUUCUCUCCAGGCUUUCGAUUAACUCAGACCUAUGCUGUAGCCAGGACUUGGUGUUUGCCAUCCAGUUCCUGCAGCCAGACUUCCAAUCUCCAGCCGAAAGUGAGGGCUUCACCGAGCGCCUGCAGAGGAACAGCGUCUGCCUGGAGCAUGUUGUGAGCUCAGAGGAACUGGGCAUCUCUGGGACAAUCAGAGUUGUGAACCUGGCAUUUGAAAAAUACGUCUCAGUCAGGUAUUCAUUUACAGACUGGAAAACCUAUUAUGAAGUCAGCGCAACUUGGAAGAAAUCCAAAGAUGCGAGCUCAGAUGUAUUUUCAUUUGGAAUACCACUUCCCCCUUACCUCCAGCACAUAUGUUCAGCGGUACAAAUAGCGAUCAGGUACCAGGCUGCAGGUAAAGAAUACUGGGACAACAACGAGGGGAAAAACUACAGCUUUACGUACAGGAGUCAUGUGUUAAAAAUGCCCAGAGACAUGGAGCAGAGCUGGAUUCAUUUCAUCUAAACUCUCGAUUUUAGUGCUAAAGAGCAGAGCUCGGGUUCAGCUUUCUAGUGCUUUCUGUUUUAUGGUAUCCACACUGGGAAUCCUGUGAUCAAUCUAGAGCCAGCACUGCUGUUAUUGUAUAAGGUAAACAGCAGCGGUUAAAGGAACAGACUUGUUUUUAGUUAUGGUUUGUACACUGAAGGACGCACUGAGAACUGGAGUGAAAGAUGUGACAUUCGUAUAUUGUUAGGCAUGGCAUUGCAGGAGACAGAAGAUAUGAUGUUCAGUUUAUGGGCGUUUUAUAUUUAAAAUUCAGGCUUUAAGGGCUGCUAUGGAUUUCUGCUGAGCCUUACUUUAUCAUAGUAGUAUCCAAAAGCUUCAACAGAUCAAUCACCUGUGUUAAAGCAGGAAU